GUCUAUAUUGGUCUCUAUUCCGCUCAAGUAUUCUGAAACGGUCUCCUGCUUAAUCGCGAAAUUCAAUUGAUAAGAGUUAGCGCAACAGGAAUUGGAAAUGGUAAGGCAAUGGCUCCGGAAAGGAGAACUUCAGGGCGGGGGUUCAAGCGCUUUGAUCCUGGGCCAAUUCUAGAGGAAGACUCACAAGAUGGUGACGUGGAAAUGACCUUGGACGGUGAUGAUGAGCAGCGAGAAGAUGCGCAACGAGAGGAGCCCGCGCUAACAGAUCCUCUCCACCUACUGGAUCAGGAACGACUCAUAAUCGCAAUCGACUUCGGCACAACUUUUUCGUCCGUCGCCUACGCUCUGUUACCAAAGGGCAUGUCAACAGAGCAGAUUAGACUCAAAGACAUCAAAUGCAUCGGUGCUUACCCAGGGUACGAGCCCCCUCUCGGUAUACCCGAUGCUAGGGAGGACGUCCCUACCGAGCUAUGGUACGAUACUGGUCACCGACAGAUGCCGACGGAUGACCACCCAAUGGGUGAACUGGAAGAAGAAGGCUCAAUCAAUCUGUUCGAAGAUACAUCUAGCAGCGGGGACGAUUCCGACGACGAAGCAUCGGAGUUCGACGACGGAGAUCGUAUCGAGCAAGCCUGGGAGGAAUUCAAUGCCAACAGAGCUACUCGUGUUGGUACACAAUACUGGGGCUUUGGCGUGCAGCAACGUCUCAGUGCUACAGAUAUUCCGAAGGACGAGGCUCGGCCACUGUCGCGGUUCAAACUCAAGCUGGACGAGAAAAAAGAGACGCUAGAAGUUCGCGAAAACCUAGCACCGAUUCUCAAGAACCUGAGGAGAAAGAAGUUCAUUCAGACCGACCACGACAUCUUUACGCACUAUCUCACGCAUCUUCUAAGGCAUACCAAAAGUCAGCUUCACCUCCACAAUGCACUGUACCAAGACACUGUUGUCGAGUUUGUAUUGUGUGUGCCGGCAAAGUGGCCUGCCAAAGGAUGUCGAGCGAUGCAGAUUGCGCUGACUGCAGCCGUGAAAGAAGUCGGACUUAAUGAGUACGCCAGUGGCAGCGUAGGCAACCUCUUCAUGAUCUCCGAGCCCGAGGCUGCUGCUGCUUGCGUCUUAAGUGAGGCGGACAACGAAAUCUGGUUUGAAGAAACCAUUGUCAUCCUUGACGCUGGCGGUGGGACGGUGGACGCGGUCACAUACCAAUGCACGAGCAGCGAGCCGCUAAGGCUUUCUGCUGAGGUUGUCCCUCCACAUAGCAAACUUUGUGGUGCAAGUUACAUUAAUGAAAAAUUUGAGAAACGACUCAUGCAAAGGCUCAAAGGAGAAGCGUACCUCGUUAAAAACGGGAAGACGCUGAAGAGCAUCGUGGAAGCAAAGAGUACCGCCUUUGAGAACAAUGAGAAGCGAAAGAUCGAUACCACCAAGCCAAACAGCCGCCUUCAACCGGUGUACAUUGACGAUCUUCGGGAAAAUCAGAGCAAACGAUUCCACCAGAACCGGAUGGAGUUCAACCACAAAGAGACAGAGAAACUCUUCAAAAAGUCGCUAAAGGGAGCGCAAGACGUAUUGAAGGACCAGCUCGAGCUUGCCGCGAGCGCGAAACAUAACGUCGAAAAGGUCAUUCUCACUGGCGGCUUUGGCCAAUCUAAGGCUCUCCAGAGUUUCCUGAAGUCGUAUCUGCGCAAAACGGUCAACAACUUAGGUGGGAAGAUAGACCUUAUAAUUCCGAAGAAUCCUUCUACUGCGGUCGCGCGAGGCGCUGUACUCCGAGCGCUAGACAAACAGCGUGGCCCUGCAAGAAUCACGCAGUGCAGCUAUGGCCUCUUGGCCAGCGAGCCGUACGAGCCAGACGCCUUUGAGGCGCACAGGCAAACGAAGUGCAGAAUCAAUAAGGUCGAUGGCGAAAAAUACGUUGACGGGACAAUAAAAUGGGUAGUUCAAGCCGGUGAGAUUGUUCAGAACGGAAAAGUCCUCACAUACCCGGUCACACAUGUCUUCUCCUUGACCGCCAAGAAGUUUCUGUGUGAGGAGGUGCUAUGGGUCUCUGAUCACCGUCACGAGUCGCACUAUAGAAGGACGCACACGUUGAACAAGGCCGCUGAGAAGGCUGGUACCAUCAUCGCGGACAUGACGUUCUUGAAGACGGAAGGUCAUAUUCAGCCCCAACCACCGUCCGAACUCAGCGGAUCGAAGAAAGGUUACUGGGAGGUCCCCUACGAAGUGGUCAUGAUUUUCGAGGGCCGGAGCCUGCGCUUUCUUGCGCGUUGGCCACGAGAAGAGGAUUUGCGACCGGGUCAACGCCAGGAAGUCCUCGCUAGGGAUCAGAUAUGCGUUGCAGCGGCAUUCCAGCCAGGAACUGCUUAAGCAAUAGCAGCUCUAGCUACUACUCCCUUAAGAUUUAGAGCGUUGCAGGUAGAGUAGCUAUACCUCUAUCGUGUGCAUAAAUCCGUAGAAAUCUUGGCGCUCUACUAAAUUUUCCGCCUACAUCCGCA